AUGGCGUCUCCGCCACUGCCCACCGAUGCGCCAUCGAUACCGACGCGCACACGCUUUAAUUCAACGACGACGCACGGCGCCAGCACCAGCAGCUCGCGACGACGAUCGGUUCAAGGCGGCGCGGUCGGUUCUGCGAAGCGCCAGAGCAUUCCCCCAGCAGGCGGCCCCGAGGUCAUAUCGAGCUUGAUCACCAGCUUGAGCGGCAUCUCGAAACCAGCAGACGACUAUUUUGAGGGCAAGCACGCGACCUCGGGCGGAUACACCCCAAGCGCUACGCACUCCUCCCCAGCCUCGCCCAGCGGGGGCAGCAGGUCCGCCCUGACGGGCAGCUUUGGCGUGGACUACGGCGCGUACCGCAAGCCGAGUCUUCCCAACCUUCGCGAGGAGUCUCUGUCACUCGAUGAGAUUGCCGCCUCUGCACCCGUAAUCCGGACCUCGAAGCCCACGAGCGGCUACUCGCCCCUGAGUCCGCCAAAGACCCCACGGAGCCAUUCGAGCCGAGAGAACAACGGAGGCCUGCGGUCUUUUAUGCGCAGCAGCAGCACGCCGUCCCGACCGUCCACGUACGACCACAAUGAUUCACAGAGCAUUGGCAAUCUCUCGAUAGAACGUCACUCGACGUCCGACCAGCCGGACCUCCACCGUCGACGAUCGGCCGACAGCUGGGGGCGUAAAGCCAGCCGCAGCGCAAAGGGGCUCAUGUACAUGAGCUCCAAGGAAAGACUGCGCGAAAAGGGAUCUGGCACGGGUCUCGGCAGUGACAAGCCAGAUCCAUUCCUGGCUGAAACACCCAUCAGCGAGGAACCCAUAGAGACCAUGUCCAAGACCGACAGCCCGCGGCCAAUACCGCAUCGCGAUUCGAGCUUGCGGCCCAAGAGGUCGAGCGGGCGGAAGCCAUCCGUCGACGAUGGUCGCAAACCACGGAGGCCACCAGCGAAACUGGACCUCCACGAGGGUCGAAGCUUCUUUUUGGGGCCCGAUGAACACGACCCCGCGGCGUCUACACCGAGGAGCAAGCAGUUUCUCGAGUCGAUCCGCGACGACUAUCUUGCAUUUGAUGCUCACACACCAGGGAGAGAGGAGACUGGAGAUGGAGCACCAUUCCCCGCCGUGCCACAGAGCAAGAGGCGCUCACAACAGAGCCUAGAGAGCGGGUCGAGGCGUCGUUCCGCGCCGCAGAGCCCCGAUGGAAAGCCAAAACGGAGCAAUUCGCGACUGGCGCGACUGUCGAGGCAGAGCAGCCCCGAGCCCAGGACGAUGCUUGACUUGGACGACGGGGCCCCUCUCGACCGAGUGGACUCGGCUGAUUCGAUCGACGACGCUGUGGACUCGUACCUGUGCUCGCCGCGGCUCUCGCAGAAGAUCAAGCAUCCGCAGACGGGCCGAGUCAUCUGCUUCUCCGAGGUGGGGGACCCCGAGGGUUCGGCAGUCUUCUGCUGCGUGGGCAUGGGCUUGACGAGGUACAUCACGGCGUUCUACGACGAGCUGGCCCUAACGCUCAAGUUGCGUCUGAUUACGCCGGACCGUCCCGGCGUGGGCGACAGCGAGCCUUAUCCGGAUGGGACAACGGUGCCUCUGAACUGGCCAGAUGACGUGUAUGCCAUCUGCCAGUCGCUCAAGAUUACGAAAUUCUCCAUCCUCGCGCACUCUGCCGGCGCCAUCUAUGCUCUGGCGACAGCCCUACGCAUGCCCCAGCACAUUCGCGGCCGAAUACAUCUCCUGGCACCGUGGAUUCCACCUUCCCAGAUGAACGUCUUUGGGGGCUCGCAGAUUCUGCCGCCCACACACGCCAUCCCCACGUCGCAGCGCAUCCUGCGGGCUCUGCCGACGCCCAUGCUCAAGGUCGCCAACAGCAGCUUCAUGUCAGCAACGAGUACAUCUAUCACAACGUCUCUACCGAAGAACUCGCGCAGGACCAAGCGGAGGUCAACCGGGCAGGUGAAGGAAAUCCCACCUGGCAACAACAGAAAUAUCACGCCAGCUCCCGACAAGGAGGACGUGCCAUUGGAGACAACGGGUCGGGCACAGAGCAUGACAACCUCGCCUAAGCAGCGAACAGAGCCUCUACGCCCUUCGAGUGCAGAUCGAGCCCAGACGGCCGCGCUAGACGCCAUGGCAGACCAGGAGAGGCAGGUCACGUACGACACGCGCCUGACACAUGCCAUCUGGGAGCUAGCCACGACGGGCGCGAACCCAGCGGUGGACCUCCUCAUCUGCCUGGAGCGACGGCACACGAUCGGGUUCCGGUACGUGGACAUUAACCGGCCGGUGACCAUCCAUCACGGCAGCCGCGACACGCGCGUGCCCGUCGACAACGUCCGCUGGCUGGGUAAGACCAUGCGGCGGUGCGAGGUCCGGGUGCUCGAGGGCGAGGGCCACGGGCUCAUGGCGAGCGCUACCGUCAUGGGCAACGUGCUGAUGGAGAUUAGCAAGGAAUGGGAGGACUGGAUGAGGGUGACAGGCGCGGAUGGGCGGAAGGAAAAGGAGCGUGGCCGUCGAGGCACCAUCCGCGGAUGGGCCGAGGGGCACAGGGACUAG